CCAGUCUUCUGGAAAUUCCCUGGCGUUCUGAGACAUCUUGAAAAUCAAUAUUAAUGGUCCGGGGAACUGCUCAGCCAGCUCUGAAAACUCUUGGUGGAGCUGUUGAUUUAAACAUUGUGGUGGCAAAUAGCAGCAGAGUCUCUUGCGCUGAUGGAUAGACAAGGGACUAGGAGCCUGGACAGUCUGAGCUCCGGUCAAGACUCUGCAACUGACAUCCUGUGUGGCCUUGGGGAAGGGACCCUGGGUGAAUUUAGACAGAAAGCCUCGUCACAUCAUGUCAGCUCUCAAUCAAACCAGCUUUCAUCCUGCCUCCUUCUUCCUGAUUGGCAUCCCAGGCAUGGAGGAGCUGCACAUCUGGAUCUCCAUCCCAUUCAGCCUGAUGUACAUCGUCACACUUUUCGGAAAUUUUACCUUAUUAUUUGUCAUCGUAACGGAGCGAAGCCUCCACGAGCCCAUGUACCUUCUUCUGGCCAUGCUGGCCGUCUCUGAUCUAAUAUUGUCUUCCUCUACAGUGCCCAAAACUCUGAGCAUAUUCUGGGCACAUUCCAAGGAAAUCUCUUUCGAUGCCUGCCUGACCCAGAUGCUCUUUACACAUAUUAGUUUUAUUGCUGAGUCAACAAUCCUGCUGGCCAUGGCGUACGAUCGGUAUAUUGCCAUAUGUGAUCCCUUGAGAUACACGACUGUGCUAACACAUUCAGUGAUAGCCAAAAUAGGGCUGGUGGCUCUAGCUAGAAGCUUUUGUGUGAUGUUCCCAACACUUCUUCUCCUUUGGAGGCUACCGUACUGUGGACACAACAUUAUGCCUCAUACGUACUGUGAGCAUAUGGGCAUAGCCCGGCUGGCCUGUGCCGAUAUAGCUGUCAACAUCUGGUAUGGUUUUACUACAACUCUUUUAUCACCAGGAUUGGAUGUUGUGCUCAUUGUUGUGUCUUAUGUUCUCAUCCUCAGGGCUGUCUUUAGGCUCCCGACUAAGGACGCCCGGCUCAAAGCUAUUGGGACCUGCAGCUCCCACAUCUGUGUCAUAUCCAUGUUUUACAUGCCAGCGUUCUUCACCUUUUUCACACAUCGGUUUGGCCACAACGUCCCCCACAACGUUCACAUCCUACUGGCCAAUCUCUACGUGCUCCUUCCACCCAUGUUAAACCCCAUCAUCUAUGCAGUGAAAACGAAGCUAAUUUGGGAAAAGGUGGUCCGCCUGUUCUUCAAGGCAGGGCAGCGGUGCUGAAUGCUGCGACUGGGAUGCUAAAUAAACCAGAUGGAAAUUGUGGGCUCCAGUGAGGCCCGUCAGGAAAUGGCAACUUUGUGUUAGACCAUUUUAGAUGGUCUCUUCCUCAUCUCAGGCUCCAUGGUGUAGUGUUUGCUGGUCAGAGGAAUUGUGAGACUCUCCUAAGACUAAAGCAUGGCAGUUAGAAAACAAAGAGAAACAAAGGAUCACAAAUGUGAAGCUGGUAGGACCUAAGGCCAGAUCUUCAGCGUGUGUAAACUGGCAUUGCUCCAUUAAAGUCAGAGUCACUACGCUGAUAAGCACCUGCUGAAGAUGUGGCCCUUACUGUAUUUCUGAGAGGUACAUUUUUACCCACGUUCUGCCCUGCUGAACUCUAUAUUGGAUCAUGUCUUUUACUCUUGUAUCUCAAAGUUUUCAAAAAUAUUGGACUUGUUUUCUUAACUGUAGACUUGGACAGAGCCAGGGCUGGCCUUCAGGAAAAUGGCACCCUGGGCUCCCACCCCCUCAUUGGUCCUGGGCCCCACUGCCUCCUCCCAGGGCUUAAUUUGUAAUGAAAGGCCCGGCACAAAUUAAGCACUGCACAAGGUGCCUGCAGUAGAAAGUCCAGUGGGGAGGUUUGUGUCAGGCCAGGAUCCAUAGCCAGCCAGCAUGUCUCUGGGGCAUCUGGACUCCUGUGGAGCCUCUGGAAAAAUAGAAAGCUGCUGCCCUAAAUA